UCAGUCUCGUUCUCUCGCUUUAACAAUUUCGACUCUCGACUUUUGAAUUUCAGAAUUUCAUUUUUCUUAUUUUUCUUUUGAAUUUGUUGAAUUGGUUAUUUCUACGCAAAAAAAAGUACGAUUGAAAAAUUGUCGUGCGUGCAGCCCAAAAGCAAAAACAAAAAGUUCGCUUUCGCCUUUUUCUCUUUUUUGUUCAUUUUUCGCUAUGAGAACCGCAAAACGCAGCAAAAAUGGUGCUCGACUGCAAAUUCCAAAUCGUUUCAGCGGACGCACGGGAGUGCAAUAUACGGGUGUCUAUCCGCAACAGCAGAGCCUCGGAAAUCGCCCCCUUAAGCAAAAAUCCGAGCCAAUUGUCAACACGCUCCAGCAGCAGCAACUACAGCAGCAGCAGCAGCAGCAGCAGCAAUUGCAGCAGCAACAGUUGCAACAGCAGCAAUACUUGGCUCAACAGCGUCAGCAGCAGCAGCAGCAACAGCAGCAGCAGCAGCAACAACAAUUGCAAACCGUGGGCAAUUUGCCCAGCUAUGCGGAUCAGAUGCAAGCCGCCUUCAAUGACUACCAGCGCCAGCGAUUGGAGUUUGAGCAGCAGCAACAGCAGCUACUGCAAAAGCUCUACACCUACUAUCCCGACGUCUCGCAGUCUCAGGCAGCACAACAGCAACCACAGCAGCAACCACAGCAGCAGAUCAGUUAUAGCCAACGACAGUCGGCCGGUUUGUUUGGCAGCAACAAUGGAUUGCAGUUGCAACAACGACGGGUUGUGCCGCAGCAGCAGCAGCCGCAGCAGCCGGAGUUGCAAUCGCAGUUGUCACAGCCAACAACCCCCAACUACUAUUCAACGCUGCAGCACAUGGGAUUCCUGCAACAGCAACAGCAAGAUAUUUUACGCGAGCAGCAACAAAAUGUUACCCAACAAUUUGCCACCGGACAGGGUGCCCCCAAUACCUCGCAGAGCCUUGGCAUGGCCAUCCCCGAAUCCUCCGUCCUGGGUUCUACAUCGUAUCAGCCUUCAUCAGCCGUAUCCCAUGUGAGAUUCAGCAGCGGCAAUCUCAACUACAAUUUCUAAUAACGAAAGCGAAACGGAAGCCAAGAAAACUACGUUAUUCUUCUGUAGAUUGAAACACACUCAAAUUCGUGACUCAUCCUCUAUUUUUUUUUUUUUUUUUUGGAAGUAGCUUAAGUACCAUCAUCAUACAAACAUAUAUACAUAUAUAUAUAUAUAUAUAUAAUGUAAGUGCUAUCUAUACGCUGUAGUUACAGCUUCUAGCUGCUUGUGAACAAGUCCAAAUUGGUAACAGAGUAAAAGCGAGUAAUAAAAUUGUCGGUAGUGAAAUUUAUAUAAAAUUUACAA